ACAGACCAGCCAUUGAUAAGACAUGAGAGGCACGCUACAGACUUGUGUUCCCGCCUUCUGUCGAAGAAGGCAAGCUCGCCGGCUCGGCUGCGCAGAACGCUUGCAUCGCUCGAUGAUGAACGCCCAGGUCCUGCUUUGUCUCCUUGCGCUGGUGUUAUUGGCUCGCCCUGCCGCCCUUGGAAACACACCUAGGUCGUUCGUGAUCGACUACGAGAACAACAGGUUUCUCAAGGAUGGCCAGCCAAUACAGAUCGUUGCGGGCGGCAUCCACUACUUCCGCACCCUACCCCAGCAGUGGGAUGAUCGGCUAACCACCAUGAAAGCCGCGGGGCUCAACGCGAUACAAACGUACGUAGAGUGGAGCAGCCACGAACCCGAGGAAGGCCGCUACGACUUCGAGGGCCCUCAAGACCUCAUGCACUUCCUGAACCUCGCCCAGAGCCACGACUUCCUGGUUCUGCUCAGGAUUGGCCCGUACAUCUGUGCUGAAAGGGAUUUGGGAGGACUGCCGUACUGGUUGUUGUCAAGAAAUGCCUCCAUUCGUUUUCGGACUAUGGACCCAGAAUACACCAAACCCGUCGAGAGGUACUUCUCUAAGCUGCUUCCACUGUUACAGCCACUUCUAUACGUCAACGGAGGACCCAUUGUAGCUGUGCAGAUCGAGAACGAGUACGGCAGCUACAAGGCAUGUGACUUCGAGUACAUGGCCUGGUUGCGAGACUUAGUACGCCGUUACCUGCACUAUGACGUCAUCCUUUACACCACAGACGGGGCCGCGGAUAGUUUCCUCAAGUGCGGCAAGGUCGACGGUGUCUACACAACCGUUGAUUUCGGUCCAACCGAAGACCCCGAGAAGAUGUUCGCGGUGCAACGCCGGCAUCAGGAACGGGGACCGCUGAUGAACUCGGAGUAUUACACGGGCUGGUUGGACCACUGGGCGGAGCCACACAGCACGGUCAGCACGGCAGCUGUAGCGGCUGGUCUGGACAGGAUUCUGAGCAUGAAUGCAUCCGUCGCCUUGUACAUGUUUCAUGGCGGGACUUCAUUUGGCGUCAAGUCAGGCGCUAACGUUGAUAGGUACGGAUUCCAUCCCACGCCGACAAGUUACGACUACGAUGCGCCCAUGACGGAAGCCGGCGACCCAACGGACAAGUUUCGUGCAAUACGAGAUGUCAUUUCCAAGCACCUUCCGGUGCCGCAAGUUCCUGUCCCGGAGCCCAAAAAGAAGAUGGCGCUGGGGAAGGUCCCACUCAGAAAGCUUUACGACUUGAAGGCCCUCAGGCAACUUUUGGUGGAUGCAAGGAUACCAUACAUACGACCAUUGUCAUUUGAACGAAUCAGACAGAGCCAAGGCCUGGUGCUGUACGAAACAUGGGUGAACUUCCUUCCCAGGAAUCCAGCAGCGCUUAGUGUACCUGGACUCCGUGAUCGAGGAUACGUCUACGUGGAUGACGCUUACCAAGGCAUCAUUUCGCGCAUGGACAACGUGUACAGCGUCGUGAUACCGGUUACGAAAGGCCAACGGCUCACUAUACUGGUGGAAAGCCAGGGGAGGGUCGGCUUCAUAGACCUCAACGACCCCAAGGGACUCGGCUCGAACGUGACUCUCUCUGGAAUAACGCUGAGCCACUGGAACAUGACACCGAUUGACACGAGGGAUCACCUGGCCGCGCAGCGUCACCCUGACGACGACGUUCUUUCUUGGAAGACGACGAAACCGUCUUCCACCAGCUGCGGCAUGCCUUCGCCGGGUCUGGCGGUUUACCAAGCGACGUUCAAGCUGAAUGUUACCACACCUCUAGACACAUUCAUCAGGCUGGACCACUGGAAGAAGGGCAUCGUUGUCCUCAACGGCUUCAACUUGGGCCGGUACUGGACACCCAUGGGUCCGCAAAAGACGCUCUACGUACCGGCAGUAUUGUUCAAGGAACAAAACUUGCUCGACAUCGUCGAACUGGAACAAGCGCCGUGCGGGCAGGACUCUGCAGACUGCUACGUGCAGUUCGUCGACACGCCCGACAUCAAUGGCACCGUGCCACUCUCUACACAGAAAUAAACUGUGCGACACGUUA